CCUGCGCUUUGAUCACGUGACUGAAAAUCUACCGCGCGCUUGACUCUCCGAAAAAGUUCACCGCCCGUCGAAACGACCAUGGACUGCUGACCAGCACGUCUUGUGAAUAAUAUUGCCCCUGCUCGAAUUUGGCAGCAAUGGCUCCCUGUUCCGGCUGCUUAAGUCGAUAUCUACGAGCCAUAGUGUCUCUCCAGCCCCAACAGGCUCAACGUAUUGGUCAGCAGACCUUUCGACACCGAACACGAAUUCCUCAGUCUGCGUCGUUAUGGUCUCAGCGAUCAUAUGCCACUGCCGGUACCGCGACAGUAGAACGGACCGGGUCAAGAGCCAAUGACGGCGCUGGAUCUUCCAAAGCCGACGUCUCUCUACAAGCAAGCAGAUCAGUGCAGUUGGACCUACGUCCAGCGUGGAAACAACAAGGGAAGAGGGCGCCUACAAUUAGAGGAGCGCCAAGCCCCAGGGAACUACAACGGAGAAUCAGUUUUAUGAAAGACCCGCUAGUGCUCGCGGACUAUGUACGCAAAGCCAUAGAACGAGGCCAAUGGACGACUGCGGUGGAGACAGUCCGGCUUGCAAGCAAACAAAUGUCUUGCACCGUCAGCUGGAAUCAUCUUAUAAAUGAACAGUUCGUACGAGGGAGAGGGCAUGAAGCGUUUAGAAUAUACAAUGAGAUGAAAAAACGGGGACAAACCCCCGACAGCCACACCUACACCUUGCUCCUUCGAGGUUUUGCGGAUCUCGCUAUGCAUCCUUAUGCUGUCGGUCGUGCGCUUUCUAUAUACCACUCACUCUACGCGCCAAACUCACCCAUCAAGCCAUCUAUCAUACACACCAAUGCUGUACUCAAGGUGUGUGCGCGGGCCAACGAUAUGGACUCCCUAUGGGGAGUAGCGGCAAAGCUCCCGGAGCAAGGAAGAGGAGCACCCGAUAACAUGACGUGGACCACCAUUUUGAAUGCCGUCCGUCAAAGCGCAAUCAAGGACGCGAUCCCUGGAGAGCCCGAAGAAACGGGUAGCCGUCGGCGCGAAAAGGCCAUUCUUGAAGGCAAGAAAAUGUGGGAAGACAUUGUGUCGAAUUGGCGCCAGGGAAACCUACGCGUCGAUGAAGAGCUCGUAGGCGCCAUGGGCAGACUUUUGCUCAUAGGCAGCCGGCCAAAGGACUGGGACAGUGUUCUUUCUCUGAUCGAACAGACAAUGGACAUUCCGCGAUUAGCUCCACGACUAGGAACCAGCGCGAGACCAAGUAUUCCCGUGGCAGUGGCGCGCUCUCCCGCCACAGAAACCUCUGAGAACGAAGCAGCACAACAACAGAAUGAAGAAGAAGAAUCUAUCGGCCCCAACGGCACUUUUGCUCCACCCGACGCCAAAACGGCACUCAGUCGCGCUGGUCGCGCUGGUACCUCCGGCCGCAACCAAGCCGUGCCUUUGAGCUUCGCCAAACCCACCAGCCCUACUCUCUCACUUCUCCUCCAAGCAUGCAUCAAAAUGCGAGCCAAACAACUGGCCUCUCACUACUGGGACUUACUCACCGACCCUACCGGCUACGGCAUCCAGCCCGACGCAGAGAAUAUCCACAACUACCUGCGCAUCAUGCGGCUCAGCCGAUCCAGCCGCGACGCCGUCGCCCUCGUGGACCGGUACAUGAUUGGCCGGACCGCCAAAGUCCAACCGACCCGCAAAACGUUCCGCAUCGCCAUGAGCGCGUGCGCUCGUGACAAGAUCAACCCGCGUGCCUUGGACCAUGCCUCGGAAUUGCUCUUGCAGAUGCUCACUACGAUUGAAGAACCCGAUAUCCGCACACUCAUUAGCUACGUCGACCUCGCCAAUGAGUCUGCCGCCUCCAAGGACGGCCAGGUCGUGCUCAAUACCCUGUCCAACUUGAACCCGGCCAUUGUCAAUAUUCGCAGUUUCCUUGCAUAUGGUGGCCACGUUGCCAGACAGGAACUGCAAGCUUCAACCAAGGGACCCAGAUCUUCUUCUUCCUCUUCUUUUUCUUCUUCGACUUCGUUGUCGACGUCGUCGCCACUCGCCCAACAAGUUGAUAAACAGACUAAAGAAGACGCGCUCGAACUCGUCAGGAAACUCAUCAGUAGCUACGAUCGUCUGCUCAAUAACGGCAUGGUCCCCCGCGAAAAAUACGGCGACUUGCACAAGGAGCGCAGCAAGCUCGCUGCCUUCCACACGCGGUAUGGUAACCACCCUGGCCAGGCGAGCUGGCGGAAGAAGAAGGAGGAGAAGCAAAAACUGAGAGAUCAGAAGCGAGGCGCAAAGGCGCGGGUUCAAAAGGAGGAAGAAUAAGUCUGCGGAUUUGUUUCGUUGUCUGAGUAUCAUCUUGCAUUUCACGUGUCUCAGAGUAUAUCUUGCAUUCUACCUAUAUAUAUCAAGACAAAUGCGCCGUGAGAUGGAAUAUGGAACAUGGAACAUGGAAGAAAGUUAAAACGUUGCCUUGAGGGAAGUGGUUA